UUUCCCCGCAAGUCGCGAACGGUCUCACUGUUCCAUACGGUUGUUUCCAUAUGAACUGACUGUUUUUUUUAUACCGAGUGCAGUGCAGAAAAAAAUGGUUAAAGCUCUUUUUGAACCAAUAUAUUUUACAUAACGGCUGUGCAUCAAAUAACCAACCGAGCGGAGGUCAAGAACUCAUCCGACGCCGCCUGAGCGUGGUCGUCCUGCUCCCAGAGCCACCACCACCCCCAAACCCUCAGGGCUCCGCUCCUGGGUGCGCGAAUCAAUUACAGCGACGUCGUAACGCGAAAAUCGAUUUCGGCUGCGGGUGCAGGCUGAAUCACCAGAAACUAUGUCCCACUGCGAUGUGGACGCGGAAGUAGAGAUGACAUCGCCCAGCAGGAUGAAGGAAGCAGCCGUUAGCCGGAGCAGCGUUCUCCUCCUCCUGGCCACAGUGAUUCUGGGCCUACUGACCUCCGGAUGCGAGGCCACGGACACGGAUAUCGCCCUGGACGCCAAGGCCACGCUGAACCAUCGCAUCCAGAGCCUGGAUCUGCUCGUCUUCGUGUUCCUGCUGGCCCUCACGGUCCUCACCAUAUGGCUGUUCAAGCACCAUCGCGUCUCCUGGCUCCACGAGACCGGACUGGCCGUCAUUUACGGUAUGUUGGAUUCUUAGGGUCUCAGAAGGUGU